CUACGAUGAUGAAUGUUGAAAUAUCCCGAUUUGUGAUGUUUGUCCUUCUACCACGAAUCAGAGCUGUGGACAUUGAGGUCUCGACGGCGGAUAACAGGCAAUAUGUGAAGCUGAGUACGUAUUGCAUUAUUGCUGCAGGAAGAUCAUUCUACACAUUUAAGGUCAAGGCAAAGAACGAUGCACAUUUUGCCUUAAUGAGCGAUGACGACGACACGCGUCCUUUGUAUGAGAUUGUUAUUGGAGGCUGGAACAACAGAAAAUCAUGUAUUCGAACAGGGAAACAGCUUCCAUGCCUCAGUACCUAUAGUCAAACCGUACUCAGUCAAGCUGCCUAUAGGUCAUUCUGGGUGACUUGGAUUGGAGGAAACAUCGUAGUUGGUGAAGGAGAUACCAUUAACGUGAACGGAAUCAUGAGCUACCACCAUUCAAGCCCGUAUCCUAUAAAUUUCUUUGCAGUUAUGACUGGAUGGGGUGCUAGUGGACACUGGAAAUUCAAUAAUGACGUGGGGUGCACUCCGCAUGAUUACAACAAUACCAGAAUAGUAGAAAACUACACAGAAUGCUGUGGAAACAUGACAUACGAGUGUGACAAGGGAUACUAUCUACACAGUGGAAAUUUACAACGAACUUGCUUCCCGAACAGAACGUGGUCAGGGGACCCCCCUUAUUGUAAACGCUGCAAGUGUUUGAUUGACCAGAAUCUCACCACUCCAAAAGAUUUGACCAAAAGAAUUGAACAAUUAACAAAGGAGCUAAAGGUCCAUUAUAAUUCAACGAAUGCUUUUCAUAGAAGGAAAACAUGUGCUCCCGACAAGAGACAUUCCUCCAUCUGUCUUGGGUGGCUUUUCGGUUACUUUGUUAUUGUCUCUAUGACAAUAACUUUAGUUAUUACAGAUUUGAAGCGACUAUACAGGCAUAUUUGCUUUGGGGAAGACUGA